AAUCAAUGUCACUGCCUGUCAUUAACUUGAGGGGUUAACAUCAGCAUUAAAAUCCCCAGAGGGUGGGUCUCUGUCAGGGAUGGCGGUCCUGCGUGGACCCCUUGGAAGUAGGGGGUAAGAAGGAGGAGAGUUCCUAGGGCCGGGGCCGAGCAAGGGGUGUGUCCCCCUAUAAAGACUCCUCACACCGUCGGGCCUUCUGUUGCUGUCUUGUGCCUCUUGGCUCCAUCCUUUGUCAUCGUCGUCAUCUUCUUCACACACUCUCCAGCAGAGUGGGACUCUUACACCACCGAGACCGGUCACUUGGGUGUCUGUCUGCGCUUUGUGUGUGUUCAUCACCCCUCUUGAUUCCUUCACGUCGGUGGGAAGUCCACACUUGCCCCAGACCAUCAUGCUGACCCUGGUGGCGCUGGCCUCCCUCCUCGUCCUGGCCACAGUGCCCGAGCCGUCCCAGGCCAUCGUGAUUUACACAGGCUGGGAACGUCACGCCCUGGUGGGCACUGAGGUGCGGCUCUCCUGCUCUUUCUUCUCCUGGCGCUGGACCUCCGAGGACGUCACCUUCUCCUGGACCUACAGGCCCGACGGCGCCAGGGAUAGCAUCUCUAUCUUCCACUACACGGGCGGGAUGGCCUACGUGGACAACAAGGGUCCCUUCAGGGACCGACUGGAGUUUGUGGGGGACCCGGGCCGGCGCGACGGCUCCAUACUGCUCAAGAAUUUGGAGUUCAGCGACAACGGGACCUUCACCUGCGACGCCAAGAACCCACCCGACAUUGUCGGACGGCCCUCCAGCGUGCGCCUGCUCGUCUUUGAGAAAGUGCCUAUCCAGGCGGGCGUGAUCACGGGCUCCAUCAUCGGCGCCGUCCUGGGCCUCCUGCUGCUGAUCGUGGUCAUCUACUACCUGAUGCGCUUCCUGGUGGCGCGCCGCGUCUUCAGCCUCAACGUCAGUAAACACGGCAAGAAAAAGAAGGAGGGAUCACAGCAGAGACAGGGCCCCGCGCCAGCGGUCGACACCGCCAAGCCGAAGACCUCGGAAAAGAAGAAGCAGGAGUCCCGCAAGGACCGCAAAUAGGAUAAGGGGCGGGGCUGGGGCGCGCUCCUCGGGCGCCUGCUCCGGCCCGGGCAGGAUGGGGGGACGGGUGGCGCAGGGGGUGCGGCGGCGGCGGUAGAGGACGCCGCCGGGCGGGUGUUGAUGACCAUCGAGCUGGAGCUGACCCGUCAGGAGGGCCUGGGGGGCGGCCCCUCCAAAGCCCCCGGCCUCCUUUCUCGCCUCGCUCGGCAGCUCACCCUUAAAUAAGGAGGGGGGGGGGGCUGUCAUCCGAAAGUGCAGUGGUAUCGAUUAAGAUUUAUGAUUGUGAAGUCGGCGUGAUCUCGUCCCAGCCUCGUUUUGGCACCGCCCGCUUGCUUGUGCCCCCGCCCCACAGGGGCACCGCCCUGCUUCCUGCUCCGCUCACCAAUUCUUGUGAAUGUUUCAAUGCUCUCUUUUAACCACUGUCCUCUCUCUCUUUCUCUCUCUCUCUCUCUCUCUUUUUAUCUCUCUCUCUCCCCCAUCCUUCUUCUUCUUUUCUUAGAUAAAGGUCUGACUCCUCCGUGACGCCUCCGCCCCACUAGUCUGCCUGACGCACCCCCCCUUCUCCUUUCCCCUCAGUCGUCAUUACUUCCCAUUAUAUCUCUUCCUUAAAGGCAGUCUAUAAGAAGAAUAGAUGCCCCCUCUAUGCCCCCCCACCUGUGCCCCCACCCCUGCACUGUCAGUGGUUGUGUCAAAUAAUUUCCUCACCGGAGUCCCUUUAUGCACUCAUCGGGCCACGCGUAAAAAAAAAGUGUUUAAGGGCUAACGACGCUCGUAACCGGCGCCACAGGAGCCCAACAGACGCCCCUCGGGCCGGGCCACAGCCUCCUGAAUCCCCCCCCCUCCCACCCCCUUUUAUGACUCAAUCUGGCGGAAAGCACGUGACCAAGCCUCGGCCAGACCUCGGGCACCGUCGACAGAGAUAGCAGUCCUGCCCUUUUUAAGAUUAACUCAUCUGCAUGAUGCAAAAAAAAUAAUAAAAUAGAAGAUAAAAAGAGAAAGAAUCGUAGAUUUUCUUUCGUUUAAAAAGAAAGCUUUUUUUUUUUCGUGGAAAGACAUUUAAAUAUUAAAAAAAAACAAGGGCGGAAAUUAUUUGGGUUGGGGGGAGUAAUAACAAGGUCAAAGUCAGAAUUUGGGUAGAAAUGCCGCAAUAGGUUUUAAUUGAAAACAAAUUCUGACUCAAGUAGUUUUUUUUUUUUUUUAGAAGAAGAAACUUAGAUAUGAGAAGAUAUUUUGGGGAAGAUAAGUCAUAAUUUUAGAGGAAUAAAGAAUUAAAUAUAAAGACUAAAGACACUUUUGGAGAGGAAAUACCUGAUUAAAAUGAUUCAAAUUGUCAUUGAGGAAAUUGCAAAUAUUCCAAGACCAAAGAUAUUUUUUUUUCCUGGCCUUGAAUUUUUUUUUAUUUUAGUGUAGAAUAAAAGUCACUUUUUUUCCCCCCUCCAAGAUAAAACUUUUUUUUGGGGGGGGGGGUGCCAGAAUUACUCAGUAUUAUUUCAAAUGGAAAAAUCCGACCAUAGAAUAUUGAAUCCGACGUUCCAUUAUAAAAUUAACAGCAAAAUAAAACAACAUGUUGGACUUUGUGUUGCCGCUGUUUUUUCUCGGCCUGGCGCUACGUCGCCCUCCUCUGGCCCCAGGUGGAGGUAAAUGGCAUCCAUUUCUGCCCGCCUUCACGAAUAACGGCUGCGCAUUUCCCGGCUGAGCCAGCUGUUCAGCGUUUGGGUGGUGGCGCGUAUGUUUCAAUGUCCGCCGUUUCGCCUGGCAGGCCAGCGACUGACGAGUACGGAUGACGUCACGGGGCUGGAGGGCGGGCGGCGGACAGAAGCUAUUUAUUACGGGACCGUCCUCCUUCCCCCCCCCACCCACCCUUAAAAAAUCUUGCUGCCGUCCCGCGUCACAUCACUUCUUUGGCUUUUAUCUCCUUCCGCUUCCUGUCAUCUGGCGGCUCCGCAGCAUAGGACUCGGCACAAUCCACUUUGCUCGUUAAGACUCUGCUUAUCGGACUCUCAGCUUCCCUCCCUCCUUCACUUGCCCUUCAAGCAACCCCGCCCUCCCUUUGCUCUCCUGGGGAGCUGUGCGGUACUCGCCAUCCCGCACCUUCUGACCCUCCCGCCAUCUUUUGUUCCAAUGCCAGGAUGCUCAACCUCUGCCGCCCCGCCCCCCUCUGCCCCCCCCCCCCCCCCCGAUUGGCCAAAGGAUGUUGGGUGUAUAAAUCCGCAUUCCCACCAAAGGGUCUCGUUGGCUUUGGCUCAGUAUGCUUGGGAAGGUGAAUACCUGACCCGGCUUGUUUUUCUUGGUAGGUUUAAUCGUUGCAUCUAAAAUGAGUCAAACGGUAAAUUGUGUGAAGCGCAGACAGCCUCUGUUGUUUUCAAUGAUUUUUUUUUUUUUUUUGCUCCGCCUCAAUAACCGAAAGCUUUAGCGAUCUCAAACAUAAAAAAAAAAUGUAAAUCAGUAAAGUCAAAAGGGAACUUGAGGAAAGACCCAACAACUGAAACCCUGUGCUACUGGUACCUAGACGCAAUGACAAAAUUAUUUAAAGAUUUUUGUCUUUUUUUUUUUUUUUUUUUGCUUGGCAGAAUUCUCUGUAGGCCGAGUAUGUGUGGGUCAGUGAGCUUGGCUGCUGCGUACACAGCAGCGAAAGGAGAGGGAGAGUCGGCAGGGACAGAAAGUCAGACCAGGAAUUGCCAUGGGUGAUGUUUUUGAUGAACUACCAAUUAUUUGGGUUCCGAAUGGAAUUGCCAAGAGUUGCGUACUGAUCCGGAGCCAAACGAGGCUACUUGGUGGAAACACGGUUCAUCGUGUACGUCGCGCUAAGCAUCAAAACAACAAUGUUAGCCUAAGUCAAGCAAUAGAAAGUUCUUGAAAUGGCUGAACAUUCUUGGCCAAGUCUCAGUGGACUUGUGGUCUUCAAAGGUGCUCCCCUGUCCUCCAAAAACCAAACCACGAGCCAAACGGCGCAUCGGCAGACAUCAAGCUUGGGGGAUGGCCGAGACUUGAAUGUUCCUUUUUGAAAAUUCCGAGCUAUCUGGAAUGCUUGUAAUCAUACUAAAACGCCUUGUAUGUUUUAUGAGCUGUAUUAGGAGCAACGUAACAUUCCCUCAUUUGAAAUUGACUUCAUCUCAAGUUUUUGAUGUUUUCUUUUUUUUUACAUUUAUUUAAUUUAACGCAUGUCGUCACGCUAAUUGAAUGUGUAAUAUGUUGUAAAAAGAACGUGAAUAAAACAUUUAAGUCCA